CUUGAAAAGACCUUUGACUCAGUCAAAGCUCCAUUGUGCACUCUGAGCAUGAUUCUUAACCACACACACUUAUCUCAAGAGCAGCAGUAUACACAAUAAUUCACCAAACUCACCCAGAUGCCCGAGACUCCAUAUAUCCCUCUAACGACACUUGCCCCGAUCCACGAAGUCCACCAUCUUAUCCUCCGCGAAAUUAAUCCCCUCCACCUCCUCACUCUCUCCAAAUCCAUAUUCAACUACCUCCUCCCCAAACUAUACCACACCCUUCCGAUCGAUAGUACCAACGUCAAACAAAUUCUCUAUGGCGUCACUUCUCCUGGUGGAUACAAAGCCCAGGCAUUAAGCCAUGUGAAGAGGCUUGAGAUAGGAAUGAAUGGGAGAGGAGAUCCUCUGAGAGCGGCUUUACACGAUCUGUUCGAACUUUCGAGCUUGCCAAGGCCACUUUUCUCCAGACUGGAACAUAUCCACUUUGGGCAUUCUCUCUGGGAGCCAUAUGAUGGUCCUGGGGGGAUGUUCGAAGCUCUUCUCCCAUCGUAUAUCCCUCCAUGCCAUAUCUCUUUCGAUCUCUGCCUCUUCCCCACAGAACAAGUAUGGUCAAACAGGGACGAUAACCUCAGUCGACUGAGACGACUCACGAAUUUUUUAUUGGUGUUUUUCCAUGAGAAGAGUGCGAGUCAUAUCACUUUCAGGGUCUUCCAUCCAUCAGACUGCGGAAAGAAUAGUCGACCAUAUAGGGAAGUGGACUGGGACGUACAGGGAGAGAGCAAGGUCUCGGCUGAUUUGUACAUGCUGAGAGAGUGGGUCGUACCCCGCUUGUUGGGUAGGAGCGAGGAAGACCUAAGAGAGGAGUUGGAAAAUUUCUUUGAAAAUGGAAUGGAGGAUAGGUUCAAGUUCUUGUAUGACGACACCAUUGCCUGGGAUUGGAAGAAGAAAUACGUUGUAAGCGUACGAGAGGAGAAGUUGGAGGGGCAAGAGAUAUCUGAAUAAUGAGAUCAGAGCAGCAGAAUCUGCCAAGCAAAGUUUCGCGAGAUGGACCUGUGAAGAGAUCAAGAGCGAGGAAGCACUUAAACACUGUCUCGAAACGUAUAGAGCACGAUAAACGCCUAUUGUGAAAUAGAAUUUCCCCAUUUUUUCAGUCUAACUUCCCUUGUUUGUAUUCACAGUACCUAUGAGAGGGUAGAUGUUCAUGUCGUUAUGUUGAUUUGUUGAAAUAGAU